AUGAUCACCCCAAAGAAGCUUAUCAAGAUGGCAAGGAAGUGGAAGAGAUUGGCUGCAAAGAGUCGGAAAAGAAUCACCUUUCCAAGAACAUCUGGGAGUGUUGAUGCAUCAAAUUGCAACUCAUCAACAGUUGAUGAGGGUCAUUUUGUCGUCUACACUGCUGAUCAAAGACGCUUUGUGGUUCCCUUGGCUUAUCUCAGAAAUGGAAUACUGAAGGAGCUGUUGAGAAUGGCAGCGGAGGAGUAUGGAUUGCCAAGUCAUGGGCCUAUCACAUUGCCAUGUGACCAUGUCUUUCUGAAGUAUGCAGUCUCCUUGAUAAGAAGGCAAGCGGAUAAGCAUCUGGAGAAUGCGGUGAUCAUGACAAUCACUUCGGCUCAAUGCUUAUCUACCUCCUGUCUCCAACAAGAACAAAGCAAUAAACACCCACUGAUAUGCAGUUUUUGA